GGAAUAAAUAACAUAAGAUGGUGGGGGAAGAACAAGAUGUUUAAUUUGCGCAGUUAUUAACGCGACAAUCCUUCAACUUUGUUGUCUUUGAAACAGGGUUAUGGAAUAGCAUUCUGUGUUUGGGAACAUGUCUGUGGAAAACACGUACUCUCCUCCGCCGGGUCUCGGCGAAGAGAUGGGACCGAUCAUCGGAGCAUUAAAAGAGGGUAGCGCCAUGACAAGAUACUACUCUAAAAGGCAAACACCGGAUUUGAGGAUUUUCAUGUUGAAGAUGGAAGAGUUUCAAGUUGUUUGGUGCAGAACUGGAAAAGAAGGAGGCAGACUUGAGGGCUCAGUUUUUAUUCGAGAGAUUAAAGAAGUUCGAAGAGGGUUAGGGUCCAAAGACUUCGACAGAAAUCCCGAAUUAGCUCGUAGACUCGAUCCAAACUGUUGCCUCGCCAUCUUCUAUGGCAGUGAAUUCAAGCUGAAAACGUUAAGUUUAGUAGCGCCUAGCUUUAAAGAACGAGAAUACUGGGUUAGGGGACUCGUGUAUUUGAUGUACGAAAGUCUGAUAGCGACACAAGAAGUGCUCAUCCACAGAUGGUUGUUGAGAGAAUGGAAUGGUAUGGCUGCAUUGUCAUCUGCACCAAAAAGAUCGUCUUUAGAACACCCAGUGUCUAUUGGCAUGAAAGAGCUUAGAGCAUUUUUCCAGCGUGCUAACAUCAAACUGAGUAAUGCAAGACUUAAAGAGCUCAUUCAGAUUGCAGGAAGAGGGGAAGGGCACAUUGAUUUUGAGGGAUUUCGAAAAAUUUACAAUGAGAUAAUGACUGUUAAGGAGCUGACAAAAAGAUUUGGUGAUUAUAUAGAAAAUGGUACCUAUGUACCUCUUGCAAAUUUUCAGAGAUUCCUUUUGGAGGAGCAGGAGGAGCCUGGAGCUAAGGAUUUAGAGACUGUCAGAAGUUAUAUGCUGGAAUAUUUAGCAGAUGGAAGUAGAAGCUAUUCUGAACCCUAUUUCACUGUGUCAGAGUUCUUAGAUUACUUAAUGUCAAAAGGGAACAGUGCAUUUAAUUCAUCACAUUGUGAAGUCUAUCAGGACAUGACGAAACCACUCACAAGCUACUGGAUUGCCUCAUCACACAACACCUAUCUGACUGGGGAUCAGUUUCAAGGUGAAGCAUCUGUUGAAGCUUACAUUCGUGCUCUGAGGAUGGGUUGCCGCUGCCUUGAAUUGGAUUGCUGGGAUGGACCAGAUGGACAGCCCAUUAUCACACAUGGCCACACCCUUGUCUCUAGAAUCAAGUUUGUGGAAGUUGUUCGAGCAAUCAAGGACAAUGCAUUUGUUGCUUCAGACUACCCUUUGAUUUUGUCUUUGGAGAACCACUGCAGCAUACCUCAACAGAAAGUCAUGGCACAGACAUUUAGAGACUUGUUUGGAGAUUGUCUUCUCACCCAACCAGUUGAUCCCCUUGAGAAGGAGAUGCCAUCCCCAGCUUCCCUCAAGCACAAGAUUAUCCUCAAGCAUAAAAAACUACCCAAGGAUCCCAACCAGGUUACAGAAACCAAUUUUGGUGAUACCAUUUUGGAGGAUGAUCUGAGCCAGUCAGUAAAGAAUGGUUAUUUACUGUUAGAGGAUGAAAUUGAUCAUGGUUGGAAACGCCAUUUUUUCUGCCUAACAAAGAAUAAGCUGUUCUGGACGGAAGAGCAAACCAAGUCAGAGGAUGACGAUGAUGAUGAGGGAGCUGAUGGAAAUGGAGUUGGAGAAGCUAUCAUCUGGUACCAUCUAUCAUCUAAAGAUGAACUUCACUUUGGUGAAAGAUGGUUUCAUGGAAAGCUUCCAGAUGGACGCAAAGCAGCAGAAAACCUUUUGAAACAGUUUAAUCGUGGAGAUGGAUCUUUCCUUGUGCGGGAGAGUACAACCUUUGUUGGAGACUUUUCACUAUCUUUCUGGCGUAAAGGGAAAGUUCAGCACUGUCGAAUCAAAUCUAAGCAAGAGAAUGGACAAACAAAGUACUACCUUGUUGAUCAAGUGACAUUUGACAGUUUAUACAGCCUCAUCAACUUUUACCAGACUCAUCCACUAAAAAGUAUGAACUUUGAACUCACGCUGACAGAUGCCAUUCCACAGCCAAAUGCACAUCUUGAAAAAGAUUGGUACCAUGAUAAUCUUAAAAGGGACAAGGCAGAAGACAUGCUGAAGAGGGUCAGAAGAAACGGAGCCUUCCUUGUUAGGAAGAAAGAGUCUGACAACCCAGCAGCGGAGCAAGAGCAAGCAGAAAACAAUCCAGAGUCACAGAAUGAUGAAUCUUCAUUUGCCAUAUCAUUUAGAGCUGAAGGCAAGAUUAAGCACUGCAGAAUAAAACGUGAAGGACGCUUGUAUACAAUAGGAACUGCUCAGUUUGAAAGUUUGGUAGAAUUGGUUGAGUUCUACAUGAAGCACCCUCUGUACAAGGGCAUGAAGCUCAAAUACCAAAUCAAUGAAGAUGUAUUGUCUAAAGUAGGUCAGUCUCCAGAUGAAGAUGCAAUUUAUGGGACUGGAGAUCAUUACCAUGAACCCAACCAGUUUAUCACAAAGGCUGCAUGCAGGGCACUGUGGGAUUAUGAAGCUCAGAAUCCAGACGAGAUGUCAUUUUGCAGGGGAGCAUUUAUCACUAAUGUCAGCAAGGAGGAUGGGGGAUGGUGGAUUGGUGAUUAUGGAGGACAGAAACAGAAGUUUUUCCCAGCUAACUAUUGUGAAGAGAUUAACUAUGUUGCAGAAGAUGAACAGAACAUUAAUCCCCAAAAUGACAAUACUGAGAAUCAUGAAAUGUCGCCCCUGGGGGAUCUCCAGAAAGGAAGUAUAGACCUCCAGGGAUGUACUGUUGAAAAUAUAGCAGGUAAACCAGGACAGAGGCAUGUAUUUCAAAUUGCCAAACGUGAUGGUCAAAGUUUACUCGAACCUGCAGCAGAAUCCCAAGAGGAUUUAGGUGAUUGGUUACAAGCACUUCAACAGAUGGCAGAUAAAAGAGAAGCAAUGGUUCAAAGAAUGGUGCGUCAGUCAAAUCUAAGUCAAGAGCUGUCUGACUUGGUAGUGUACUGUCAGUCAGUACCAUUUGACAUUGGAAAUGUAUCUGGCAAACACUAUGAGAUGUCAUCAUUCCCUGAAACAAGACUGGAUAGAUUUUUUGGCAAGAGGUUGAGCAAACAAUUUAUCAAAUAUCACAGAAAACAGUUCAGUAGAGUUUAUCCCAGAGGGAGCAGAAUUGAUUCUUCUAACUAUGACCCAGUGAUGAUGUGGAACCAUGGGGUACAGCUGUGUGCUCUCAAUUAUCAAACACCAGAUCGAGCUAUGCAGUUGAACCAUGGUAAAUUUUUGGACAAUGGAAGGUGUGGUUAUGUGCUUCACCCAGAGUGCAUCAGAAGUGAAACAUUUGAUCUGUACAAUCGGGAUGCUUCUGGAGCAGAGCCAUUGACUCUUACUCUAACGAUCAUUGGAGCAAGGCAUCUCGUGAAAUCAGGUCGUGGGAUAGCAUCUCCUUUUGUGGAGGUUGAGAUAGUUGGAGCACCUUAUGACAACACCAAAUUCAAGACAGAGACAAAACCGGAUAAUGGUUUGAACCCUGUAUGGUGGGUCAAGUUUGAUGUAGACGUUAUCAACCCCCCUCUGGCUUACCUUCGGUUUGUUGUCUUUGAUGAAGAUAUGUUUGGUGAACCUAACUUCAUUGGCCAUGCAAUAUUUCCCAUGUGCAGUCUGAAGACAGGAUACAGAUCUGUCCCUUUGAAGAAUGCAUACAGUGAGGAAUGUGAACUUAGCUGUUUACUGGUCCACAUUGACAUCAGAAGUGCAAUGGGUGGUGAUGAGAACUUGUAUGCAUCAAUCCAAGUUCUUCGAGAUCGUGUAGAAGAGAUAUCCAAUCACAUGGAAAAUGAAGAAUUGAGAGCACGUGCAACUAUUGCAAAUUUACUGAACCAGCAGAAUGGACCCAUGUCACUGGAGGCACAGCAGAGAAUCCAAAAUGAUCAUCAGCAUCAAAUGGAAAACCUUGGCAAACAGCUCAGACAGCAACAAGAUGACUUGCGUAGACUACAGAAAGAAAGAGCUGCUAGGGCUCCAGGCCGUGUGAUGUUAUCAAAGCCAAACCGUUACACAAGGAAUUCUUCAUCUUGAGUCCAUCACUAUGAUAGCUGAAGUGCAGACUAUUUUAGUGUAAUUAUUACACUCAAAAAAUUGUAGAUCUAUGAAAGGUUGAUUUUAGACUUUGAUUAUAUAAUGCUUGUUAUUAAUAGAACUAAAUGUGAAUGUAUUUAACUUUUUUAAAGUUGCAUCCGUUUUGCCUUGAUUGUCUAGAGGUAGAAAUUCCUGAAUAUCACCUUGAAAAGUAGUUACUUAGCCUUGUCUACACAAUGAAGGAAUUGAAUUUGAAAUAUUUGAAAUUGUGAGCAAUUUAUAUGCUGAUGGAAAUUUGUCACAAGGAACAGGCAUGGUAAUUGUUGAUGAAAAUAAUGGGUUCAUUUUCUGUGCCAUUAAAUGUAAAUAUGAACAUCAAAAUUACAUCUAAAAGGAAUUUAGAAUCAGUUUUAGUCAAUAAUAUAAUUGGAGAAUAACAGUGCUAUUUCAUGAGUAGGGUUAUUUGUUUUGAUUAUCAAUAAUCUCUGAACUGAUCAUUGGUUUUGAUUUUGUUUAUCAGAUGAGAAAAAUCAUAAAAUAUUGUCUGUGCUGUAUUUCAAAAUUUGUAUUAGAGAAUAAUUGACUUAUCAUUAACUUAGAAGGCAAAAAUGUUGCAAAGAAAACAAGUAAUUGUCUUAAUUGAUGCAAGCAUGUAUUAUUCAAUUCUACAUUUUAUGUGUCAACAUUCUUUGUUUAUGAAAACCCCAAAUAUAUACAGUGUUAGGCCAGAAAGAUGGAUAAGCUUCACAUUUCAUAAACCACAAAAAUUGACUUUUCAGUCUAGUUUGUAGCUAUCAAUUUUAAUUUCAGACUUAAAGUCUGUUUACAAUUUGGAAUAAAAAUGUGAUUAAUCUCUUACCAAGGGAACACAAUUGAUGGACAAGGACACAUUUUAUGACCAUACAUUGGGUUCAUUCCUUGAUGGCAUUUUUCCUUGACACUUGUUCAUUGCAUGCAUGAGUCAGUGCUUGAAAUUCUGUAGUCAUGUAGCUAGACAGUCAACUUGAUUCAAUCACUGGGAUGCUCUUGUCAGUAGACAGCCUUCCAAACUCUUUAAAUUCCUUUGAGAUGCAAUCUGUUUGCAUAUGAAAGCUUUUACUUUGUUUUAGUUUGUUAGGUAAAGCUUACAGGCUAGUGCUGAAUAUUUGUGUUACUCUUGUGCAUUACUCUUGUUUUGAAAUAUCACCCUCUCCCUUCACACAUGUGAUCUCGUAUGGGGUGGGUGUGGAAUUUUGGAACACAUCUGCAGUUUAAUAAGGGUAGAUAACUAUGUUUGCAUAAGUGGUAUCCAAGUCAACAAUAGCAGAAUUUAAUGAAUCAAUAUGUAUGAACAUGUAAGACCAAAAUCUCUUACUGCUGGAUGUAAUGCAGCAAUUAUUUGAAGGAAAGAAUGGUAGAACAGAUGUUUCCUUGUAAAUUUGUUAUUAAGAAUCAAUCAGUAUCAAGAUAAUGGCCAAGGUACAAAAUAAAGCCAAGUCACAUCA